UGGGUUCCGCCCGGGAUCGCGGCGAAGGGCAGCCGAUUGGCUGCAGUCGUGGUACGAGUACCCAGAGGGUACGACUUGUAAACUGCUGCAGCCGAGUGAGCAGCGCACGCUCGUCGUAAAACGCACGCUCGCCUGGGGGAAUGCUGCGCCUGCUGCGCGGCGCGCGCGCUGCGCUGCCCCGGGCAGCGCCCGCGGGCCUCGCGCGGCGCCCGCUCUCCUACCCGUCGCACAACGUCGUCGGUCUGCCCGCGCUGAGCCCAACGAUGGAGUUGGGGACCCUCGUGAAGUGGAACGUCGAGGAAGGAGAAGCCUUCGGCGCGGGCGAUUCGAUAGCGGAGGUCGAGACGGACAAGGCGACCGUGGACUUCGAAGCGCGGGACGACGGCGUCGUCGCCAAGCAUUUGCAGCCCGCGGGCACGGCGGUUCCGGUCGGCGCGCCGAUGAUGGUAGUCGUCGAAAAUACGUCUGAUAUUGGAGCUUUCCGCGACUUCGAGGCGCCCGGCGCGCCGUCGGCAGCGGCCCUCGAGGAGGCCAAGGCCAAGGUCGAGGCCGCGGCGCGCGAGGCCGCGGCGCGCGAGGCAGCCAGGCCGGCGCGCGAGGCAGCCAGGCGCGCGCGCGAGGCAGCCAGUCGCGCGCGCGAGGCAGUCAGGCGCGAGGAGGCCGCGCGCAAGGCCGCGCGUCCGCCCCGCGUCCUCUUCGUGCACGGCCUCGAGAGCGGCCCGCACGGCCUCAAGGCCCGUUAUUUGGCGGAGCGGUUCGAGCACAGCCUCUGCGUUGCCAUGCCGAACAGCGCGACGGCCACGAGCUUCGUGCACGACUACGAGGAGUGCCUCGAGCUUCAGCGCGAGGCGCUCGCCGCCUUCAAGCCCGACGUAAUCGUGGGCUCGAGCUUCGGCGGGGCGCUGUGCCUGGAUCUGAUUAGUCGAGGCUUCUGGAUUGGUCCGGCGGUGCUCCUGUGCCCCGCGCACCGGAACAUUAUGCACCGGAUCUUGCGAGACCCAUCGCGCGAAUUUCCUUUUCGGCGAGGAAGUGACCCACAUAUUCGUCUUCCUCUUCUACACCUGCGCAGAAGAUUCCCCGAGCGACGAUUUUACCCAGGCGGCACAGCGCCGCCCGCCUGGGAUGCAUCAACGUCUGGAGACCAUGGUCAUCCGGAGGGGGGGCCGUAUGUCGUCGUCCACGGGAAGCGCGACACCGUUGUGGAUAUUGCAGACUCGAGGGCGCUGCUCGCCAAGGCGCAAACCGCGUGUGCUUCGCUGGUCGAGGUGGACGACGGCCACGGGCUCAAAACCUUAUGCGGGGUGCCGGCCGACGAUCCCGACGCCGCGCCGCUGCCGCCGCCGCUGCUUCUGGACCGCCUCGUGUGGGGCCUUUGGGACGCGGCCAAUUGGAGAGAGAGAGGGGCGAGGAGACCCUCGGCCGGGAGUCCGUUCUACUUUCGAACGUACUCGAUUGGGCCCGGGGGAGAGAGUAGUCUGGGGGCCCUGAAAGAUGGGCACCUGUAUUAA